AGGCUGCGGCCGCUGGAAGAUGGCGGCGUGUGGACGUGGACGGAGGAUGUCGCCGUUGUCGGCGGCGCUGCCGCUGCUUCUCCUCGCCGCCGCCCGAGCCGACAUGGGCCUCAACGGCGCCCCGGGGAGCUUCCCCGCGCAGCCCCCCGGGCCCGGACAGCCGCAGCUGCAGCCGUUGCAGCUGCAGCAGCAGUUGCAGCCGUUGCAGCCGUUGCAGCAGCAGCAGCAGCAGCAGCAGCAGCAGGUUCCCGGCGGGGGUCCGUCGGUCCGUCGGGGCGGAGCGGGGCCCGGCGGCUGGAAGCUGGCGGAGGAGGAGACCUGCCGCGAGGACGUGGCCCGGGUCUGCCCCAAGCACACCUGGAACAACAACCUGGCCGUGCUCGAGUGUCUGCAGGACGUGCGGGAGCCGGACAAUGAAAUUUCUUCCGACUGCAAUCAUUUGUUGUGGAAUUAUAAACUGAACCUGACUACGGACCCCAAGUUUGAAUCAGUGGCCAGAGAGGUCUGCAAAUCCACUAUUUCAGAGAUUAAAGAAUGUGCCGAUGAGCCGGUGGGAAAAGGCUACUUGGUCUCCUGCUUGGUGGAUCACAGAGGAAACAUCACUGAAUACCAGUGUCAUCAGUACAUCACCAAGAUGACUGCUAUCAUCUUUAGUGAUUACCGUCUGAUCUGUGGCUUCAUGGAUGAAUGCAAAAACGAUAUCAAUAUCUUGAAGUGCGGCAGCAUUCGACUUGGAGAAAAGGAUGCACAUUCACAAGGAGAAGUGGUGUCCUGCUUGGAGAAGGGCCUGGUGAAGGAGGCAGAGGAGACUAACCCCAGGAUUCAGGUCUCGGACCAUUGCAAAAAAGCCAUCCUGAGGGUGGCUGAGCUGUCCUCCGAUGAUUUCCACCUGGACAGACAUCUGUACUUCGCUUGUCGAGACGAUCGAGAACGCUUCUGUGAAAACACUCAAGCUGGAGAGGGCAGAGUCUACAAGUGCCUCUUUAACCACAAGUUUGAGGAAUCGAUGAGUGAGAAGUGUCGUGAUGCACUGACAACCAGGCAGAAGCUAAUUGCCCAAGAUUACAAAGUCAGUUAUUCAUUAGCAAAGUCUUGUAAGAGCGACCUGAAGAAAUACCGCUGCAAUGUGGAAAACCUGCCUCGGUCCCGGGAAGCCCGACUGUCUUACCUGUUGAUGUGCCUCGAAUCCGCAGUUCACAGAGGACGACAGGUGAGCAGCGAGUGCCAGGGGGAGAUGCUGGAUUAUCGGCGCAUGCUGAUGGAAGACUUCUCCCUGAGCCCUGAGAUCAUCUUGAGCUGUCGGGGUGAAAUAGAGCACCACUGCUCCGGGUUGCAUCGAAAAGGCCGCACGCUGCACUGUCUAAUGAAAGUCGUGCGUGGGGAGAAAGGCAACGUCGGAAUGAAUUGCCAGCAGGCGCUUCAAACUCUGAUUCAAGAGACAGACCCUGGAGCAGAUUACCGCAUUGACCGAGCUCUGAAUGAAGCUUGUGAAUCUGUGAUACAGACCGCCUGCAAACACAUAAGAUCUGGAGACCCGAUGAUCCUCUCUUGCCUAAUGGAACAUUUGUACACGGAGAAGAUGGUAGAGGACUGCGAGCACAGGCUCUUGGAGCUCCAGUACUUCAUCUCACGAGACUGGAAAUUGGACCCCGUUCUGUACCGUAAGUGCCAGGGAGACGCUUCUCGGCUGUGCCAUACCCACGGCUGGAAUGAGACCAGCGAGCUCAUGCCACCCGGAGCCGUGUUCUCCUGCUUAUACAGACAUGCCUACCGCACCGAGGAACAGGGGAGGAGGCUAUCCCGAGAGUGUCGAGCUGAAGUGCAGCGGAUCCUGCACCAGCGAGCCAUGGAUGUGAAACUGGACCCUGCCCUGCAAGACAAGUGCCUGAUCGACUUGGGGAAGUGGUGCAGUGAAAAGACCGAGACUGGACAGGAGCUAGAGUGCCUGCAGGACCAUCUCGAUGACCUGGUCGUUGAAUGCAGAGACAUUGUCGGGAACCUGACGGAAUUAGAAUCGGAGGAUAUUCAGAUCGAAGCUUUACUGAUGAGAGCGUGCGAGCCCAUCAUUCAGAACUUCUGCCACGAUAUGGCAGAUAACCAGAUUGACUCUGGCGACUUAAUGGAGUGCCUGAUCCAGAACAAACACCAGAAGGAGAUGAACGAGAAGUGUGCCAUUGGAGUCACUCACUUCCAGCUGGUUCAGAUGAAAGAUUUUCGAUUCUCCUACAAAUUUAAAAUGGCCUGCAAGGAGGACGUACUGAAGCUCUGCCCAAACAUCAAGAAAAAAGUGGACGUGGUGAUAUGCCUGAGCACCACUGUGCGCAACGACACGCUGCAGGACGCCAAGGAGCACAGGGUGUCACUGAAAUGCCGCAAGCAGCUGCGUGUUGAGGAGCUGGAGAUGACCGAGGAUAUCCGCCUGGAACCCGAGCUCUACGAGGCCUGCAAGAGCGACAUCAAGAACUACUGUCAAACUGUGCCCUAUGGCAAUGCUCAGAUUAUCGAGUGCCUGAAAGAAAAUAAGAAGCAGCUAAGCCCAAGGUGCCAUCAGAAAGUAUUUAAGCUGCAGGAGACGGAGAUGAUGGACCCAGAACUAGACUAUACACUCAUGAGAGUUUGCAAACAAAUGAUCAAGAGAUUCUGCCCAGAAGCAGAUUCCAAGAAUAUGUUACAGUGCUUGAAACAAAAUAAGAACAGUGAACUGAUGGACCCCAAAUGCAAACAGAUGAUUACCAAGCGUCAGAUUACCCAAAACACAGAUUAUCGCUUGAAUCCUGUGCUGAGGAAGGCCUGCAAGGCUGACAUUCCCAAAUUCUGCCAGAAUAUCCUCAGUAAAGCCAAGGACGACGCCGAGCUGGAAGGCCAAGUCAUCUCUUGUCUCAAACUGAGAUAUGCAGACCAGCGCCUCUCUCCGGACUGUGAAGACCAGAUCCGAGUAAUAAUCCAAGAAUCUGCUCUGGAUUACCGACUCGAUCCCCAGCUCCAGAUGCACUGCUCAGAAGAGAUUUCCAGCCUGUGUGCCGAGGAAGCCGCAGCCCAGGAGCAGACGGGCCAGGUGGAAGAGUGUCUAAAAGUUAACCUGCUCAAAAUUAAAACAGAAAUGUGUAAAAAGGAAGUUCUAAAUAUGCUGAAGGAAAGCAAAGCAGACAUCUUUGUGGAUCCGGUUCUCCACACAGCCUGUGCUUUGGACAUCAAACAUCAUUGCGCUGCCAUUCCGCCUGGCCGAGGACGCCAAAUGUCUUGCCUCAUGGAAGCCCUGGAAGAUAAACGGGUUAGGUUACAGCCCGAGUGCAAGAAACGCCUUAACGAUCGGAUUGAGAUGUGGAGUUACGCUGCAAAGGUGGCCCCGGCGGAAGGCUUCUCCGAUCUUGCCAUGCAAGUGAUGACGUCGCCGUCCAAGAACUACAUCCUGUCCGUGAUCACGGUGGGCAUCUGUGUACUGUUCCUGGUUGGUCUGAUGUGCGGACGCAUCACCAAGCGGGUGACACGGGAGCUCAAGGACAGGUAGAGUCCGGAUUGGCCACCAAAGGAACCGCCUGCCCAGUGCCCAGUUUGUACAGCCCUCCUGUAUAGUCUCCCCUACCCACCUCACUCUUCUGAAAGGAGAAACAAACAAAACCUAAAUUAGAACAGCAGCAGGUAUCAGCUCCAUUGUCCCAUCUUGGAUCGCGCCCAUGGCACCGUGGCACCCUCGUCACCCUAUGAAAGAGUGUGUGCAGCGUCAAGCCAGCAGCUUUUGUUCCCCUUUUGUUAGCAGGCACCUGCUUGCCCACCUGUAGACCAGUGUCUCUCGUAUCGUCGGAACUGCCUUCGCUCCCAGAAUCAGACUGACUCGACCUGCAGAACCAUUUUUAAGUACAAGGAUAACAUUUUUAAAGAAAGGGGGGGGGAGGUCUAUAUAUAGAGAUAUAUGCAUCUAUACGUGUAUAUGUCUAUAUAUAAAUCUAUAUGUAUACGUGUAUAUGUACAUAUAGAUAGCCUCCGGAUGGGAUUUGGGCCGUGGUUCGUACUGGCUGUGUUCAUUCGCCGUGGCAGGCCGGUGGUUGAGACAGGAUGUCAGUGGGGGAUGCAUUUCCCAUCCCGGUGGAACGCGGUUCCUCGGAUUUCUCGCUCGCCUCUUAAGUGUCUCAAGAGCAACGUGGACCCCGGCGAGCGGCUCGGCCGCCCCUCCGUCCAGCCGGCAGCCCCGCUCUGGCUCCCGGGCGUUACAGCUGAACCAGCGACUCUUCCCGGCCCCCGGCUUUGGCCCCGGCUCCCGUACGUAGGUGAGCCACCGUCGGCCAAGAUCUCGGGCCGGCAAGGGUCCUGGCCAACGGCGUGCACUUGGAGGAGGUUGAGCCUCCCGGGGGCCUGGGAAGGCGAGGAGGGGAGGGCUGUGCUGCCCAAGAGCUGGUCCAGCCUAAGUAUCGCGCUGACCGUCGGCCUUCAGGCCGGUCCCCGGUUAGCCUCCGGCCCACCACCCUUCCUCCAACGGUCAACGCAGCCACCGCUCCUUUUUGCCUAGGGGGUGCCCUCAAAUUGACCACUCUAAAGGGCAGGUCCAGUCAGCGACCCUCUGUUUGAUCUGGAGACUUGGAUUGGAAAGGGGUGGAGUCGCUGGGGGAUUAUUUGGGGUUGGUUUCCGAAGGCCCGAGUGCAGACUAGGGCCAGAGUCUGCAGAGGCUCGUCGGGAUCUCGUGCAAUCCAGCAGUGACAAAAAGGCCGCCGCCGGCCGUUCGAAGCAGAGAGAAGGCAGGGAGGCCUCCCAGACGGCGCCGGGGACCCUGGCUGGAGUUGGCCUGCACCGCAGCAGUGCGGGGCCCCACUGGCUCCGAGCGGGAGAGUAUUCAGCGAAAGGGGGAAGUCUUUCUAGGACUCGUCUCUUGUCCCAUUCCCCAUCCGACCUUCGGCCCUUGCAGACGGCGGAUGCCCGGGCGGUGUUCAGAAUCCAGUCUCCGUCCCCGCCGCCGGGUCCAAAAGGAAACAGUCUUGCAGAACGACACCCUCCCCACGUCCCUCAUUUUCCGUGGUGAAGAAGCAAGAGCUGUCCAGGUAUAGGAUCCCGUCCCGGAACCCUCUAGGUUGAGCGCUGGGCGGGAAGAGUCACGGUGGUUGCACGAGAGGCAGGGUGUACAGUAGGAGAGAGAUCUAUUAUAUAUAAUAUAUAUUUUAUUAACCCGUUAGAUGUGUCCACUUGUCACGUGCUGGAGUAUUAUCGAUCAUGUGCCUAAAACCGUCCAAUAGGCUAAAGCUGAUUCAUAACUAACUUCACUCCUUUCCCCCUUUCGUCUGCCCCGCCUCCCUCACUCCCCACCCCCUUGUCCUUCAGUUACCUGCUGUGGCAUUGCUAGAUAUUGUCUGAUGUCUCCAAAACACAAUUCAAUAUGAGAUGGGACGUAUCUGAUUGUGGACCAGAUGAUCCGAAUAACGCUGUUUGUACAGACUGGUGUGUAUAUGAAUACUGUGAUUUCUUUGGUUACCCUUCCAGAGUCCCAGAGAGGGUACAAAGAUAGACUUUAGGUAGACAUACCUCCGCUUGACCUUCCUUCUUCUCGUCGGCCAUCCUCGCCAGCCCCUUCAUCCCCGUCCCCGAGCCGGUGGAGGAAUGAUCCAAGUGACUGUCUUAUUUCAUUAACACUGGCAGAGUAGAAAAGCGCCGUUCACGUCUGGGAUUGUAAAGUCCCAGCAGGGACAGAGGAGGAGACUGUGGCGGGAGCUCGGUGGGCAGAGAAAGCUACAGAGACCGGCUGUGUCUCCGACCUUCUCGGAAGGCCGUAGGAGCCCAAGGGGAAGGGUGGGAGUUAUUCUUCGAUUUUGCACAGAAGAAGGGUGGCCGAUCGCUGGCUUCUACCCACCCAGCAGCCCUGCUCACUCGCUUUCCCUUUCUCUACACAAAUCAGCCGUCAGCUGGCCCAUCCGGGGUCUUCUCUAGUCCUCUGUUUUUACAAAACUUGUUGUUCCUAGAGAGGUGCCAGCCCCACGUCCCCGUCGCACGUAAACUCCUUCCAUGCCCAUAGAAGUGACCUAACGGGGCGCCCUAUCCAGAUUUGACAGAGUGAAGACCGGAAUUCGAAACGUUUCGAGGGGCCCGGUGCCCGUGCCAGUUUAGGUGGCUGAGAUUGAUCACGUGUCAGGAACCCGGCCCCGGGGGACAGAGCGGCCAACUUGGCGGUGUCCCUACCUUCCCGGUUUUCUGGAUACGAGAGAAUACCUUCCUUCGCACACUGAAUGGUGAUGACCACGGGAAUCUAAAUGUGCAUUCUAGUAUUUUGAAAUACGUGCUAGCAUUUUUGCGUCCGACCACAUCUUCCGAGGGAGGACAGGCCGAGACCUGAUGGGGUGAACCACUCCGGACCAUUCUGAAUUUCAACUGAACUAAAUAUUAAAGCGAACAUUUCGCCUGGGAACUUCCCCUGUUGGAAAUUUUCAGAUUUUUCAGGGCUGGGGUGAGGGUGACUGAAAAAAGGAUCGGUGUUCUUGCUGGGACAGCUUCUUGUAGAGAUGCAGUCCUAAGUAGGGUUCUGAAAGAGCAGCGUGACGACGGCUGAGCGGGGCCUAAACAGACAAGAUGCUGGAGUUGGGUGGGAAGGGCGGGUGAUGCUUCAGUGGGCGGCCCGUUGGAGCAGUUUAGCUGCGACAGAGAACUUUGAAACUGAUGUCCGGUAUUGGAGCUCCUCCUGUGUCCCUCUUUACGGUCUCUAGGGGUCAGCCAUCCAGAGGGACCCGGAACUGGGUGCCCGUCCCCUGUUGGGCCCGUUGGGGUUGGGAAACGAAAGUUCCGGGGAAUGUUCAGGGAGCCCCAGUGUUCAGACCCAUUCUGUUCCCUCACUGCUUAGCUCUGGCUGGGCCCUGCCCCAAGCCACUGGCCCACGGUACAGCUGAUUCAAAGAAGCCCCAGAUCGGUCAGGAUGGUUCUGGGCUAAUUAGUGGUAUUUUUUGAGUGCUCACUGUGUGCAGAGCACCGACCUAAACACUGAGGAGAGUACGAUGCAGUCAGAUGUCUUCUGGGAAGCAGUCAAUUCUAUUGAGUUCUUCCUGUGUGUAGGACACUGUUCUGAGCGCUUGGGAGAGUACAGUACAACAGAGUUGGUAGACAUGUUCCCUGCCCACGAGGAGUUUACAGUCCAGAGGAUGGGACCUCAGAGUGUUGGGUGCCUGCGAUGCACGUGGAACGCAAGGCUUCAUCGACUUCACAACUCGGAGGCUAAAAGAAGCUCUAAGUCCAAUUCCUUCCCCCGGAGCUGGCAAGCCUGCUUUCUUUCCCCUAGACAGAGCCAACCUGCACCUCCCCCAGCAGGAGCCCUAGUCUCUAAGCUCCUUGUGGGCAAGGAACCCUGUUUUAUUGUCGUCUCCCAGUGCUUAGUACAGAGCUCUGCCCACAGAAAGCGCACGGCAAAUGCCCUCGAUGGAACAUGCUCACCCGACGGGAGAGAUGGAGGGAGAGCUCUAGUCUGUAAACUCCCUGUGGACAAGGAACCCCGUUGUAUCGUACUCCCCCAAACGCUUAGUACAGAGUUCUGCCCGGAGAAAGCACUCAAUAAAUAUUACUGACCGAGGGAGAGCUCACCCGCCGGGGGCGAUCGAAGGGGAAGGUGACUGGCGAAGGAGGAUCGAGGGAGCUGAUCAGUAGGUGACUCUUUUCUUAAAAAGUCCAAUGUGUGACUUGUGCAUUUUAGGCCCUUCCCCCCCCCCCCCAGCUCACCGUGAGCUGCCUGUCUGUGGUUUCCUGCGAGAAGCUUUGCUGUAGUUCUUAUCAGUCGAGACAGAGUCAAGCGUAUCUUUCGUUGGGCUUCGUGUCGAUGUGGCGUCUGGGUGCCUUGUCCCCGGGGGAUAUCCGCUUCUUCCACCGGCCCCCCGUCUUCUGCACUUUGACCGACCCUCCCUGAAAAUCGUAAGGCUCCGCCGAGUACGGAAGCGGAGGCCCUUGGGUCCCGGGCCCUUCUCCAGGAGCUCAACUGAUCAGACUGGGUGAGCCGCUCUCGUGGAGGCGGUGACCCCGACAACGGCAGCACCAGCCCCCUGCUGCGAGGGUAUGUCUGCAGACCGCAUCCACCUCCCAGACGAAUGGGACUGGCCAGAGCCCCUAACUCCUCCUCCUCCUCCACCACCUCCUGCCACAUUACUCCCAGACACUGUCUUGUUCAGGGAGGAUCAUUAGCCCCGUCAGGCAAAUGAUCCUCUACAGCACAGAGUGCUGACGGUUGUGGGGCGGAGGAUGGAGGAAGACCAGAAACAUCCUUCACCCUUGCUGAGCUGCACACAGUGGACAUCUUAACGAUUCCAAGACGUGGUCGAUAGAAUAAUAUCGCUUUUUUGACUGAGUAUUCGACCUGCUUCGUGAGAGUUCUCCUUACGCAUAAAGUAGAACUCAGAGGCCAGAACCCCCUAACCUCCCCUCUUCUCUUCCCCUCCUCCUUCCAUUUGAAUCAUAUAAAUAGGUGUGUUGAAAACGGGGAUUCCGGUACACUGACGAUAAAUGGCUUUCGGUGUGGCUUCCUCUCUUCCCCCUCCGUCCCCUCGGUCUUCGGUACUUUGUAAGGCGCGGCGUUGGCGAGCUUGACACCGGCUCUCCCGUCUCUCCAUCCCGCGUGGAACACUGCUCCUCGCCGUACCCGUAACCGCCCCGGCCUCCCCUCCCGGUUGCCCGGCGGGACUACUGGAGCUCACGGGUGAUGUAGACCGAACGCCCAACCGUUGGGCAACCCCCGUGGCUGAUGGCACGGCCCACCGGGGCUCGAUCUGAUCAGUGAUGAUUUGCCCCCUGAGGCCCACGGGCUGGCUCUGGGGUUUCCCCUUGCCUGCCACCUGGUCUUCGAGGGUGCACUGCUAGGAAAUCGGCUGAGAGAGGCUGGCUCUCCGGCCCAUCAAACCCGGGGGUCGUAAAUUCCACGGGACGGGACCCCACCCUCCACAGAGAGGGGAAGUCCACUCCUCUUCCCCUUUCCCUCCCCUUCCAGUGCAUUAGGAAGACAGACGGGACGUAACUCAAGGAGAAAGCCGAGGGAGGGGGAGAAUCGCAUUUGGAAUCUCUGGUCCAGUGGGGAGCUCCAGUGGAGGCGCGACCGGCUAGCCGACGGGUUCCCCGGCCGAGCCGCGGCGCGCCGGAGGGAAUGCCGGGGGCCGGUGUGUGCGCCCCCGUCAGAGCUGCGGGCGGGGAUGCGAUGUUGCCACACUUUGCAAGUGCAGCGUUCCCAGAUCAAUCCAAGCAGGAAAACAGACUGUGCAGCAAAUGCUGUGUGAUCUUAGUCCUUUUUUAAGAGAAAAAGCAAAAUUAGCGACUCUUUUGUAAAUUGUUUUCCUUUCCGUGUAUAAAACCCUGGCCGUUCCUUGUUUUUACAUGUUCAUGCUGUGUAAUUUUGAGAUGUUACUGAAAUUCUGAACAUAAUGUGCAUUUUUUUCUGUACAGAUGAAAUGGGAGAAUUUAAUAAAAAAGAGUCUGCAGGUUUUUACUUGUUA